AUGCUACUCGAAUCAACCGAUCAUAAUAGAAGUGAAGUGCUAAAGGAACUUCUUGCCGCCACCUGCAACUCGUCCACAGCCCAAACUACUGCGACCAUCCAAGCAACAAGGCCAAAGUACGAAGAUAUCUGCGAUGUGAAGUGUGGAGGUAAAUCUCACAAGGUUGUCAUCUCAGAGAUAUCAGCGUUCCACACACUUUGGGAGACUCCAACUCACCUCCGCAAAGUUGAACGUGCGAACUACGUCAACAUGUUAAACUUCCCCGACUUAGAGCAUUUAAUUGACGUAACAAUCGGCCAUUGGAAAACGGUAAUUCUGGCCAUGAUCGCAAUUGCAAUAUUCAUCGCCGCAAUCGUCCUUACUGUUCCGAAACUCACAGUGCGAGCACUCUCCUAA